AUGCCUACUCGGUUCGCAAGCGACCUCCGCAGCGACGCGAAAGACUUCAAGCGAGACAAGAAGCAUACUAAGAAAUGGGCCACCGGUGAAAUGCUCAAGCCUGGCAUGAUGGCCGAAGUGCCUGAGCCCGGCAAGGUCCGACCAAAGCCACAUUCUUCAAAACUCUACGCCCAGAGGGAGAGAGAGGGACGUCGUACCGUCCAUUCAGCGGCUACGAAGCGACAGCAAUCGGUCCGUGCUGAGAUUGAGGACGCUUUGGGCGAGGCUCAUGGCAUCGAUACGUCGUCUGACGAGGAUUUCUACGACGCGUCGACUGCGCCUCUUCCGGCUGACUUUGCCACCUUCGAAUCUGCUUCCGGUCCGGCUGCUGGCCGCGAUGUGCUCUCUGCUGCUCUCAGCAAGGCGGUGCAACGCUUCGAACACCUCGAGACCGAGAAGCUCGUCACUCGCGAGUGGGACGUCAUCGAUCAAUCGAAGCUGAAUGAGGACAUUUCCGCCGACGAGGACGCCGAAUUCGAAUUUGUCGACGCUCACACUCUGUGA